GGCCAGCAGAGCUCCGUCGCCGCCGUCAUCAUCACCCACUGCUGCCCGCUGUUCCCGCGCCGCCACUGCCGCCCCGUGCUGUCCCAGCGCGCCCCCAACCGCGGCUACCGCCUCCGGUCGGCCGGUGAGCAAACCGACGAGCAGCCUCCUUGCCCCGCCGCCGUGAGGGGGUCGCUCGGCCGGACCCUGAGCCUCGCCCUCUCGCGCUGCGGCCGCCCGCGCCUCCUCGAACGCCUGCCCGGCAUGAAGACCAAGUUCUGCAACGGGGGCGAGGCGGAGCCCUCUCCUCUCGGGCUGCUGCUGAGUUGCGGCGGCAGCAGCGCGACCCCGGCACCCGGCGUGGGGCAGCAACGCGACGCCGCCAGCAACCUCGAGCCCAAGCCCCUGGGCGGCCGGCAGCCGCCGCUCGCGUUGCCCCCGCCGCCGCCCCCGCCGCUGCCGCUGCCCCCGCCGCCGCCGCCGGCCGACGAGCAGCCGGAGCCCCGGACGCGGCGCAGGGCCUACCUGUGGUGCAAGGAGUUCCUGCCCGGCGCCUGGCGGGGCCUUCGCGAGGACCAGUUUCACAUCAGUGUCAUCAGGGGUGGCCUCAGUAACAUGCUGUUCCAGUGCUCCUUACCCGACACCAUGGCCACCACUGGUGACGAGCCCCGGACAGUGCUCCUGCGUCUGUACGGCGCCAUUUUAAAGAUGGUGAGUGUUUUGAUAAAGCUGUGGAAUGGAAAGAGGUCCUGUAAUAAAGAGGGAUCCGAACAAGCUCAGAAAGAAAAUGAAUUGCAAGGGGCCGAGGCCAUGGUUCUGGAGAGCGUGAUGUUUGCCAUUCUUGCAGAGAGGUCACUCGGGCCUAAGCUGUACGGCAUCUUUCCACAAGGCCGCCUGGAGCAGUUUAUCCCGAGCCGGCGAUUAGACACUGAACAAUUAAGUUUGCCAGAUAUUUCUGCAGAAAUAGCUGAGAAAAUGGCCACAUUUCAUGGUAUGAAAAUGCCAUUCAAUAAGGAACCAAAAUGGCUUUUUGGAACAAUGGAAAAGUACCUAAAUCAAGUGCUGAGAAUUAAAUUUACUGGGGAAGCUCGGAUGAAGCAGCUGCACCGAUUCCUCGGUUACAACCUGCCUUUGGAACUGGAGAACCUGAGAUCGUUACUUGAAUCCACUCCAUCUCCAGUGGUGUUUUGUCAUAAUGACUGUCAGGAAGGUAACAUCCUGUUGCUGGAAGGGACAGAAGAGGCUGAAGGACGGAAGCUCAUGCUCAUUGACUUUGAGUACAGCAGCUAUAAUUACAGGGGAUUUGACAUUGGCAAUCACUUCUGUGAGUGGAUGUAUGAUUAUAACUAUGAAAAGUACCCAUUUUUCAGAGCAAACAUCCUCAACUACCCCACCAAGAAACAACAGCUCCAUUUUAUUUCCAGUUACUUGGCUGCAUUCCCAAAUGAAUUUGAAAACCUCAGUAAUGAAGAAAAGUGCAUUAUAGAAGAAGAAAUGUUGGUUGAAGUCAACAGGUUUGCCCUGGCGUCCCAUUUCUUCUGGGGACUUUGGUCCAUCGUACAGGCCAAGAUUUCAUCCAUUGAAUUUGGGUACAUGGAGUAUGCCCAGGCGAGGUUUGAUGCCUAUUUCGACCAGAAGAGGAAGCUAGGGGUGUGAUGGGGGAUGCCGUCAUACGCUUCAUCCCUGGACUGCGAGGGGCGGCCCAGCCUGCGGGCCCCUCUGCUCCGACCGCUGCAGGAAGGCGGGGUGUCGCUGCCGCACACAGACGUGUAUGAUACGAGAGACUGUAUUAAAAUUGAGUAACAUUUAUUCCAUAUCUUGUUUACGAUUUCACUAGGACUCAAAUGAGAUCGGGCAGCAGAAAUCUAGUACAAUAGUGCAAUAUCUCAGAUUCCUUUUAACCUAGUGGGCAUUUCAUAUCUGGGGUCUGCAGCUUCCGUCAAGUACAGCGAACAGCAAGAGUAAACAGUGUAACCGCAGGUACUUUUUGGGUUAACGUUAAUUUUUGCAGGGUUUUGAUUACCCUGCCGGGGAGCAUUGUACCCGGCUCUGUCGGUAACACUGCAGACACGCUCCCCCCCGAGGACAGACUGGUUGUGAUGUGGCUCGGCAGCCUGCCCGCGCAUCUCCGGAAGCUGCUCCUUCAUCCUUUUGGUCCCAGUGGCUGACGCUGGAGGCCGCAGGCCGCGCCGGGCGCUGCGAGCCGCGGUGGGACCUGCUGUCCGUCGGGGUGCGCGUGGCUCCCUGGACCUGCUGAGCGUAUUGUGAUACGGACGAAGCUCUUCCUAACAGGAUGUAGCCUCUGCCGCACGCUCCUCAGAACUGAACGAGCUGUCAACCCCGGCUUUGGGCAGACAGUGAGCUGCGGCCACAGAGGGCCCAUGGCUGGACGAGGGGCAGCAUGGCGACGUGCUGACACACCCCUAGUCUGCCUUCCCCGAAGGGAGCAGGCUGCUUUGUUCCCACUUUGCCUUUUCUCCUCCACAACUCUGCUCGACCUGGAGCUGGGGUCCUGUGACACGGCUGGCAGCUCCAGGGCCCCUCAGGCAGCCCGGUGGGGCGAGGGAAACCCCGGCCUCGGCUCUCUGCCAGCUGUCCCCGCCCUCACUGCUCCCUGAUGCCCCCGACAUGGUCGUCCUAGUGGGAAAUGCAGCCUGUAUGUGGCAUGUGGGGGCGUGGAUAGAGUAUAGCUGUGAAAUCUGUGUACAUUACAUGUCCUUGGGAAUAAAUUCUUUUUUUGACUCUA